UAAAAAAAUACAAAAAAACAAUAAAUUUUUUAAAUGUGAACAAAUGUUUUGCGGUUUUUUCUUCUGGUUAAUUUUCUUCUUUGCAGAAACUCAUCUAAAAUAUUUACAAAUAUAUUUUCCAAUAAGUUGCAGUGUCUUGACAUGGGGUAAGCAUCAUUGCAUACUUUUCAGAGAAUUGUUAACAACACCUUAACCUAUUUCAUUGUUGAUAUUAUAAACAUGUCAACAAACACAGUAUUAGUUUACUGUUUAAACAUUUGACUAUUAAAGCUAUUACGAUUGUACUCGCUUUGUUUGUAAUUAUGCGUUAUGGGAAGCAAAAACUUAGCAAACUAACAAGUAAGCAAAGGCGGAAAUCUGGUUGUCUUGCUAUAAAAGCAGUUGGUAAGAUUCCAAUUAACCACAACACCUGAUCGUCCAACUCCAGUCGUUACAAACAAAGUGUCUUUCAAAAUGAAGUUCCUUUUCGUGGUCGCCCUAAUUGUCCUGGCCAUCCAACUGGCUUCCUCUGCUAGUACAACUACCACAACCACUACAACAACCACCGAUGCCACGACUACAACAACCACCACCACCGACGCCACCACCACGACGACAACCGCCUCUUCCACCCACAAGAAGCGUUGUUGGAAGGGCAACAACUGGUGCCACACCCGCAUCCCCAAGAGGAAGUGCAAGCACCCAAAGAGGUGUCACAAGACCAUCGUGAUUGUGACCCACAAGAAGAACUAGUUUCCUCUUUCUCUUUUCUGCAUGAUACACACUGAAAUAAAAAUUAUACAAAA